AGUUUGUACUUCAUUUAUUUUGAAGUAGUGUUAAAAUGCUGGAUUUCAACAGAACAGCUGAGGUUAUGUGUGUGGAAUGAUAAUGGAGAAGAAGGAGAUGGUGAGACUGUGUUUGCAAGAGUUGAGAGCUGUGAAGGUAUUGGGACAAGGGGCCACUGGAACUGUGUUCUUGGUUAUAAACCAGAAGUCUGACAGACCCUUUGCACUCAAAGUCAUGAGGAAAUGUGCAAGUGUAAGUAAGGAAGAGGCUAAUGAAUUGUUGAAGAGGAUACAGACUGAGUUAGACAUUGUGUCUUCACUGCACCACCCAUUUCUUUUCUCAUUACAGGGCGUUGUGGUGACAGACAGAAUUACUGGUUUUCUAGGAGAGUAUUCCCCAGGUGGGAAUCUCCAAUCUCUAAGGCUAAAACAGCCUCAAAAGACCUUUCCCGAGUCUACAAUCAGGCAAGAACAGUAACACCCAAUAUCUCUUUUAUUAGUUUUUGGGCGAAUGAAAAGAAAUUUCAGUUAUCUAAUGCUAUGAAUGCACUUUCAUAGGUUUUAUGCAGCAGAGAUUGUGAUUGCGUUGGAGCAACUACACAGCCAGGGCAUAGUCCACAGGGAUCUGAAGCCUGAAAACAUCCUCAUACAAGCCAGUGGACACAUAAUGCUUAUAGACUUCGAUCUAUCCACCAGGAUUUCACCCAAGAAUCUCAAUACACAAAAGUUGCAGAGAUCCAAGCCCUCACACCUAGCUUCUAUGCUAUACUGCUGCAUGAAGUUACCAUCAAAUUCAAGCCAGCAAGGUGCUACAGAUUCAUAUUCAAUGCCCAAAGAAAGAGCAUCCAGAUUGAGAUCCAAAUCUUUUGUGGGCACAGAAGAAUAUGCAGCUCCAGAGAUGUUGAAGCGCACUGGUCAUGAAUUUGCAGUGGAUUGGUGGGCUCUGGGGAUUCUACUCUAUGAGUUGCUCUAUGGCAAAACACCAUUCAAAGGGGCUACAAGGCAGGAGACUUUCUACAACAUUAUAACAAACCGUCCCAGAUUGAGAGGGACAUGGAGUCCUCUCAAGGAUAUCAUAGUCAGGUUACUCAUGAAGAAGCCAUGUGAAAGAUUGGGCUCCCUUAAUGGGGCUCAAGACAUAAAAGAACACCCCUUUUUCAAGUCCCUUAGCUGGGAUACCAUUCAUUUUGUUUCCAGACCGCCAUUUGUGCCUCUAUCCCAUCAUUCUCUACAUGAGCACUUCAUCAACAAUGUUAACAUUUCAAUUGACAUCGAAGGGACAGGAAAAAGUGAUAACAUCAUCCCCGAUUUGAGAAAUGCCAUGGAGAAGAAUGGACACAAUUGGGUAGAGGGCUUGUCCGAACCAGAAGAAAUGCAAGAUUUUAGUGUGUUUUAAUUGUAAAAUCGUUGAGAAGGAUGUAUUGUUGUUAUUGUAAAGAAGCUUGUAAUGGAACUUUUUAUAA